AUGAAUGCCUCUGGACUAUCCCAGGCUCGGACCCUGCCCAUCGGCGCCCGCCCCUUCGUGCCGCACCUGGGGAGUCCCCUCCCGGUCUCAGCCCCCAACGCAGCGUGGGGUGUUUCCAAGGGUACUUUCCAGCCUGCUCCUCCCUCCGCGCGUUCAGUGUCGGUGGGAGCAUCCACCAAGGAGGGCAAGGACCGCCAGCUCGACUUUGGGAACAACAAGAAUGCGGGCAUCGGGUACACGGAGAAGGACUCAGCAGGGCAGGCCAACAUCUACCCUGUGGAGCCUCGCCAGUACGUUUCUGGAAGCAGGCAGGACGGCGGCCGCAGCUCCGGCACCUUCAAUUUUGCCGUGGGAGGAGGAGCGCUAGCGAUCGCAGCUGUAGCAGCCGGCCUGCUGGUGCUGGCCAAUGCCCCCCAGCCCACCUCCCCCAAUGUCUUCAGCGGGAGGAGGAGCCUGGCAGAGUACACCACAAAAUUCAAGACAGAUCUCGCCAGGGAUGACCCCGCUGCUAACCAAUCACCUGGCCUGAACCCCUGA